AUGACACAUCCACCAUAUCGUUCGCAAAUUCUUUCUAAUUUACGACUAAAAGUACCUCACUAUGAACUAGAGGGUGAUGGAUGUUCAACAAAGAUCAUUGUUAAUUCAAUCGCACGUUUUCGUCUUCGAUUGAAAUCGUCGUACAAUACCUAUCAGCAUCCCAGCGUUGAUUCGUUUUCGAUUUCAAUUCUCGAUCCACAUGGCCAUACGAUCGUUGUGCAACGCCGUACUUUAUCGCCUGACUUACUUGAAUUGACCUAUCAACCGAUGUCAAUUGGCGAGCAUCGAUUGUUAGUUCUAUUCAACAAUACCAUUCACCGUCAAGUGGCUAUUGAUGUUAUUCAAGAUGAAUUGAAUUUUCCAUCGAAAUUAAAACCAUUUGGUCCUGGCCUUAAGCGUGCAAUUGUCGGUUUACCAACAGAAUUCUACGUUGACCUUAAUCAAACACUUCAUCCAAACAUACACUUUCGAUUAGAGCCAUCCUAUCAAGCUGAAAUCGAUUACGAGCAACAAAUGGCAACCGUACGAUACGUUCCAUUAACGGAAGGCAAAUGUCCCAUACAUAUUCUCGAAAAUGAUAAAGAUAUAACCAAUUCACCGUUCAUUGCGCAUGUAGACAAGAGUUUGAGUUUACGAGACAAGCCUCGCAUACGUGUUGUUGGUUUACCAAAAGAACUUAUGUUGCAUCGAACUGUUGAAUUCCAAGUCUUUAUCGACAGUCCCUUCGAUGAUUCCAAUCGUCAUCUCAACGUCGAUAUAUUAACAGAUGGCAAACAUUCUCCAUCUGUAUUCAUACGUCGUCGUCAUCGAACGUCCUACGUAUGCUCAUUUACACCUGUUACAUUAGGCAAGCAUUUCAUCUCGGUUGAUUAUGCUGGUAUCGUUGCUGAGCAAAACCCAUUCUACAGUCAUGCUAUACAAGAAAAAGAUAUUCUUCUAUCUGGCCCAGCUAUGAAAAACGCCUGUGUACCACUGAACCAGCCAACACAUUUCUUAUUUUCAUUAAAAGAUUGUUUAACUACAACGCUGAAUGAGAAAAAUUCAACGUAUGAAAGUGGCUACAGCUCAAAUGAUGAUAUUUCUUCGAAAUCAUCACUUUCAUCAUCUUCGACCGACAUUCAAACGUCAGCAAACGAAGAUGAAAGCAAUUAUCGUGUUACAAUUACUGAUGGGCAUGGGAAUAUCAAACCGAACGUUCUUAUUAAAGAAUUUUAUGAUACAAAAAAUGAGAAUAAUAUGCGCGUAGAUUUUACACCGGAUGAACAAAUUUUGUACAUAAAUAUUUCUUGUACGUGGUAA